CUAUAAUCCUGUCGGUUAUUAAUUAGCAAUCUCCCCCUUCACCCGUCCAACUCAAUUCAUUAAAUCCCUAGCCGGCCUUCCCUGUCAAAGUGCUCACCCCAAAAUUCACAAACCCAAAUCCAUUCAUUGAAGCUCCGAUGAAGUCUUCUUCCACACCACCUCCUCCGCAGCAGAAACCACAUGCCGUGCUGCUGCCGUUCCCAGCGCAAGGCCACGUCAACCCGUUUAUGCAGCUCGCCAAGCUCCUGCACGCCAGCGGCUUCCACGUCACCUUCGUCAACACCGAGCACAUCCACAGGUGGCUGGUCCGCACCAGAGGCCCCGAAUCCGUCAAGGGCCUCCCCGAUUUCCAGUUCCGGGCCUUCCCCGAUGGGCUGCCGCCGUCCGACAAGGACGCCACUCAGGACCCUCACGACAUCUGUCACGCCACGCAGCACUACUGCCUCCAACCGUUUAUGGAGCUCAUGAAUCGGCUCAAUUCAACCCCAGAAGAUCAAGAAGCAGUAAAAAUUCCUCCAGUUACUUGCAUAGUUUCGGAUGGAGGCAUGACGUUUUCCACCAAAGCUGCUCAACUGUUGGGCGUCCAGCACGCGACAUUCUGGCCGGCCUCUGCCUGCGCCUUCUUGGCGUAUCUGCAGUUUGAUGAGCUCAUCAGAAGAGGCAUCUCUCCUCUCCAAGAGGCCAACUUGACGGACGGAACAUUGGAAAGGCCUCUAGAAUGGAUCCCAGGAAUGAACAACAUCCGCCUCAGGGACAUGCCAAGCUACGCAACUACAAUGGCCGACGCCGCAGGUGAGCUGAUCUUGUUCCACACCAUAAAGAACGCGGUCAGGAACUGCCUGAAAUCGAGCGGGCUGAUCAUCAACACGUUCGAUGCCUUGGAAGGACCCGUGCUGGCAGCCAUCGAGGCAGAGUUUUCUGGUCAAUUAUACUCAAUCGGUCCGCUCCACUUGCUGGGGGAGCAGAUUGGUUCCGGAUCCGACGAAUCGAGGUCGAGGAUCGGCUCGAGCCUGUGGAAGGAAGACCUCAAGUGCGUGGAGUGGCUCGACGGGAGGGAGGCCGAGUCGGUUGUCUAUGUCAACUACGGAAGCUUCACUACUAUUUCGGCUGAACAGUUGAUGGAAUUCGCUUGGGGGCUUGCGGAGAGCAAGCGCCCGUUUCUGUGGAUACUAAGAGACGACGUUGUAAUGGGGGAUUCGGCCGUCCUGCCGGUGGAGUUCUUGGAGGAGAUCAAGGACCGUGGGUGCAUAGCCAAUUGGUGUCCGCAGCCGCAGGUGCUUUCGCAUCCUGCUGUGGCGGUUUUCCUGACGCACUGUGGGUGGAACUCGACGAUGGAGAGCGUUUCGGCUGGCGUUCCCAUGAUCUGCUGGCCGUUCUUCGGGGAUCAACCGACGAAUCGUCGGUAUGCUUGUAGCGAGUGGGGGAUUGGUGUGGAGCUCAGUGCUGAUGUGAAGAGGGGCGAGAUUGUGGAUCUCGUUGAGAGAGUGAUGAGUACAGAGGAAGGGCAGGGGAUGAAACAGAGGGCUCUGGAGUGGAAAAGGAGAGCAAGGGAAGCCAUUGAUGCUGGAGGGUCGUCCCUCAAUAGUUUCACAAGAUUCGUUGAAGAUCAUGCUACUGUGGUUGACAAUGGCGCCAACGCAUGAUAAUCAUCUUUACAGUCCAGUUGGGUGGGCUGGGGUUCUUGAUUUGGUAUGGGAAAAGGAAAGCAGAGGAAGUUUGUUGACGUUUCAAUAAUUUUGACUAUGGUCAAUGUUUCAAUAAUUGCACAAGAUUCGUUCAAGAUCGCAUCUAGUGAAUACUGAUGGUCAUUAAUAAUUUAACUAGAACGGAAGCCCACGUUACGCAACGAGCAUAAAUUAUUGCAACAUGA